UGGGGAAGGCUCAGAAGGGGGUCAGACUCCAUGAAAGGGGAACUCAGGAGGGGGGUUCUGGCUUCUUUACGGGAGGGGCAGACCCCAUGAAAGGAGGAGGUGUGGCGGGAUCGGGGCCCCUGUCCAGCAGGGUCAGGCUCCCUCAGCAUGGCCCUUGUAAUGCUGCCUGUUGCAGCUGGCACACCGAGCCAACCAUCUCUCUACCCGCUGAGAGCUGCGGCCAUGUGUUGGCUGGUUACAGGCUGGGGUCAGGACUCCUGGGUUCUCUCCCUGGCUGUGCAGGGAGUCAGCCUGUUGAGCAGGUGGAGACCCAUGACUUCUGGAUUCUGUUCCCGACUCUGCCACAGCCUCCUGCUCCCCUCUGAGCUGCAGCUUCCCCAGCUCUGCAAAGGGGGCGGUCAUGCUCCCCCCACCCCCGUCCCAGGGCCACGUGAGGCUUAAGUCACUGAUGCAUGUAAAGGGCAUCAAUCUGAAAAGUGCUGGAUCUCCUCAUUGGUGGGAAGGUGCAGCCCAAGGAAAGAGCAGGUCCCUGCGAUACAAUCAACUUAUUUAUACGGCACUUUUUCUACAACAUGUGAGGCAAACUACUCGACGGGCUCCCUCAAUAACAGGGCAAGAGAACAUCAGGGAGGUAGAGGUUGGGACAGGACUUUAGGAUUAAAGCUAACUGCCACCCAAAUGCUGCAUCCUGUCGAUGCCCCUGUUACUAACGAUCCCUCGCUUUUAGAGAGCCGUUGCAUCGGUGGAUCUCACAGCGCCUUGCAGACAAGGCCAGUAUCAUCACCUGUGUUUACAGACGGGGAGAUGGAAGGGAAGGGACUUGCCCUAAAUCAAGCCAAGAAUAGAACCCCCUCCAGUCCUCUGUCCACUACCCCACGCUGUCUUACAAGGGAACCAUUUCCACAGUUUGAUCCAGGACGGCUCUGUGGCUUUGGACCUUCCACUGCCAUCACAGACGGGGGAGGCUGCUUCUGUCUCCGUCGCCUCCAGGGCCCCAGCUGCCCGGGACAUGCCUUCGGGAUGCAACCGGAGGUGCAUGGUGACUAGUUGCAGCAAUAAAUUCUCAGUAAUUGCAACAGGCUUUUCCCACAGCUUACAGCCCGGAGGCUUUUAAUGAUAAAGCCUCAGGUUUGACUUUUCACCUGAGACAGCCGAGAUUGGUUUUACACUCUUGUACCCCCAGACUCCUCCUGUGGCCUAUCGUGGUGUUCCACCACUCUCCACCCUUCCCCAAGAACUCCUUGUCCCCGCUCCGGAGAGCCUUGUCCUGGCUGCAUCCUCCCAGAUGACUGUAGCACUCUAGGGGCUGCUUCUCUUCCUGCAGCACAAAAAGUUAUGGGGCCCCCGACCCGUUGAGGACUAUGGCCAGGAGUCCAGAUGCUGCGUUCCCUGCUGGCCGCUGCUCCAUGGUGAAGGCUGCAGUCUGCUCUGGGUCUGCAUCUCAAGGGUGGUGAUGCUCUUUAAGGGCCCAGCACUAGUUACUAAGCUGCAGCAGGUUUGUUUCUGGCUGGCAGAGAUGAUGCCAUUGAAAGGAGCCGCGUGACUCCCCCGGCCCCACCAUGCCCUUUUCCGACUUUGUCUUAGCGCUGAAGGACAAUCCCUACUUCGGGGCUGGCUUUGGCCUGGUAGGGGUGGGCACGGCUCUGGCUUUGGCCCGGAAGGGGGCCCAGUUUGGGGCGGUUGCUUUUCGCCGACACUACAUGAUCACCCUGGAGGUGCCCAGCAAGGACAAGAGCUACCAGUGGCUGCUGAGUUGGAUCUCGCACUAUGCCAAGCACACUCAGCACCUGAGCGUGGAGACCUCGUACCUGCAACACGAGAGCGGGCGCAUCAGCACCAAGUUCGACUUUAUCCCCAGCCCUGGGAACCACUUCAUCUGGUAUCAGAGGAAGUGGAUCCGCAUCGAGCGGAACCGAGAGAAGCAAAUGAUCGACCUGCACACGGGGACCCCCUGGGAGUCAGUGACGUUCACAGCCCUGGGCACCAAGCGGGAGAUCUUCUUCAGCAUCCUCCAGGAAGCCAGGGAACUGGCUCUGAGGCAGCAGGAGGGGAAGACAGUCAUGUACACGGCCAUGGGUGCCGAAUGGCGGCCGUUUGGCUUCCCACGCCGCCGUCGGCCGCUCGCCUCCGUGGUGCUGGAGAAGGGGAUCUCGGAGAAGAUCGUGCAGGACGUAAAGGAGUUCAUCGAGAACCCCAAGUGGUACAGUGAGAGAGGAAUCCCGUACAGGAGGGGCUAUUUGCUUUACGGGCCCCCGGGCUGUGGGAAAAGCAGCUUCAUCACGGCCCUGGCCGGAGAGCUGGAGUAUGGCAUCUGCCUGCUGAGUCUGAGCGACCGCAGCCUCUCCGAUGACCGCCUCAACCACCUCCUCAGCGUGGCGCCGCAGCAGAGCAUCAUCCUCCUGGAGGACGUGGACGCGGCCUUCGUCAGCCGGGACCUCGCUGUGGAGAACCCAACUGCCUACCAGGGCAUGGGACGGCUGACCUUCAGCGGCCUCCUCAACGCGCUGGAUGGCGUCGCGUCCACGGAGGCCAGGAUCGUCUUCAUGACCACCAACCAUGUGGACAGGUUGGACCCAGCCCUGGUACGCCCUGGCCGGGUGGAUCUGAAGCAGUACGUGGGACCCUGCUCCCGCUGGCAGAUUUCCCGCAUGUUCCAGCGCUUCUACCCAGACCAGCCGGCGGCUGCCGGGGACAAGUUUGCAGAGCAGGCCCUGCGCGUCUCCGAACAGAUCAGCGCCGCCCAGGUGCAGGGCCACCUCAUGCUGUAUAAAGCAGAUCCAGCCGGGGCCAUUGAAAACGUGCAGUCGAUUUCCCUGUGAGCGAGGGCGGGUGCUCUCAAAGGGGAGGGGCUUGCGGCGCCAUUCCUGGGAGUGACUCAUGGAGGACGUGAUAACCGUGAGGAAGCUGCUUUGUGACAGUCCCAGGGAGCCGAUCGCUCUCUGUUUCGCUACCUCAACGAGGCCUUGGGUUUCUAUUAAAAUAUAAAAAGAACUAGGA